AUGAUUGUGUGUGUGAGCAGAACUCUGCAGGUCCUGAGGAAGACGUUGAAGCAGUCGUUCUCCAGCUGCACCGUCGUCCUGUCAGAGCACAAGGUGGAGCCGCUGCUGGAGUGUCAGUCCUUCCUGAUGGUGGAGAACAGCUCCCUGAAAAGUUAUGACUCUAUUCAGAAACUCAUGAACGAGAUGAGUCACCUGAAACAGGCCAUGAGCCCCGCCGACAGGCUCCGCCUCUUCCCAACGCUUCCCAGACUCAACUCGACCAAGAAGCCGCCGCCAACCUCCAAGAUCUCAUCCCUGCUGGAGGAAGCCGAGGACGAGAUCCAGGACACUCGACUCUGAGCACGCACGCACGCACACACAUGCACGCACACACACGU